AUGGCAGAUCAGAGUGAAGAGAAAGAAGAGAAGGCGGGGCAGCCAAGCCAAAAUGGUGAUGUUGCUACAUCGACAGCUACACCACUCACACUGCCAAAGGCUGAGAUGUCAAAUGAGUCAUCCGAUCUAAUCGAAGAGUCCAUGCGUCUUUUGGGUAUCAAGUCAUCUGUUCCUGCUACAUCAUCUAGAGCAGAACCAGAGGCAGACGGACCAAUUGGUCCUUACGAUUUAUCUGCGAGCUACAGGUAA